AUGGCUGAUAGCGACAUUUGCUCUUCUGCGCUGUACAAGGACAACGCCGAGUGGAAAGAUAUCACUCCAAUUUACCCUUCCAAGGAAGAGGAAGUUGCUGUGAAAAUUGCUGUGUCAGAAGCUUGUGAGCUUUUCAUUUCCAUCAUUUUCUAUUCGGUUUUUUAGUCAUCGACGCAUUCGCCUACUUCCGUGCUGUGCUCAUCAAGAAUGAAAAAUCACCUCGGGUGAUGGCACUUCUGGAGGACUGUAUCCGUCUGAAUCCGGCCAACUACACUGUCUGGCAGUACCGACGUACGUGUCUGACCGAAUUGAAGUGGGAUUUGAAGAAGGAGAUGCGUUAUCUGGAUGAAAUCAUCCAGGAAUCGCCGAAGAACUACCAAGUCUGGCAUCACCGUCGUUUCAUUGUCGAGUUGAUGGGCGAGACUGCUGCUACUGACGAGCUGCAAUUCACCGCUGAUGUCAUUCACGACGAAAACAAGAACUAUCAUGCAUGGCAGCACAGACAAUGGGUCGUUCGCACCUUCAAAAGCAAGAUUUCGUUGGAUCAAGAGCUCUCUUUCGCUCUCCGUAUGUUGCUCAUCGACAGCCGCAACAACUCGUCAUACAACUACCGCUACUUUUUGCUCACUUUGUACGACAAAACAGAGGAUAAAGAACAGAUGGACAUCGAAAUCAAGUAAGUUUCCCUUUUCAUCGGGAAGGUUCAAUUUAAUAUGACUUUAGCUUGGCGAAGCGGUUCAUUGAAAAUCUUCCGAACAACGAAAGCGCUUGGAACUAUCUUUCCGGACUUCUGAUUUCCAACGGAGUCACUUCGAACGUUGACGUCGUCAGUUUCGUUGAAGAUCUGUACGAAACGACUUCGGAAGACAAGCGCUCCCCGUUCCUUCUCGCGUUCAUCGCUGAUAUGAUGCUCGAGAAUAUUGAAAAUAAAAAGUCGGCCGAGGAAAGCGUCGACAGAGCUAAGAAGGUACGUAAUAGUGAGUGAGAACAUCUCAAACAAUAACAUUCCAGCUCUACGAAGAUCUCCAAUCGAUUGACCCGGUACGUGUCAAUUACUACAAACAUAAGGCUCUUCACGCGCAGAACUUGCUCGCCAAAGGCCAAACGAAAGUGGCCGCUAAGUGAUUGCAUUCUUUCGACAUUCCAUGUGUAAAUUAUAUUUUGAAUCUCUUCAUUUGUCCGUUUGAUGUUUCUACUUAGUCAAUUAAUCCUAAUCUUGUUUUGUCUUCACUUUUGUCUUUCGAUGGGUUCAGAAACCUGAGUAUUUCGGAAAUGUUUGGAUGCCUAGAAGCCUUACAGACUUGAAUCCAGAUGAAUCAGUUGGACAUGAAGACAGUGUUUCUCUUGAAUCGCAAUGCGAAAUUCAUCGACAAAUGCUACGAAUCAUUUGAUGUAUCAGUCAAGGAAGGUCCACAACCGAGAAAAUUGCAAAUGGAUAAAACCAUUUGGACGUGGUGUUUGGAAGGAAUCUUCGAAUUGCACCGCAUUCUAAGCGACGUCUAUCCAAACGGAAAUCUGCAAAUACGGUUUGCCGUCGCCGAUUUCAUGGGAAAAAUGUUAGAUACCGAAUGGAAAGACCAGUUAUUGACACGAGCCGAACUGGUCGAACUGAUAGAAUCAGUGAAUCGGCCUUCCUCGAGAGCCACGGAUAUUUCUCCGCUUGGCGGACUGACAAUGGCUAUCGAGGCACUUGCCAUGGAGACUCCGAUGCAGAAAGACGAGAAUUACGAUGCAAAAUACAAUAAUAGUACGUAUAACUACAUACGUCCGUGUUUCAACUGUGGUUUUCAGAAAGGCGGACGCCUAGGAAUUCGGAGGUGAUGCGCUUCAAAGAAGAAUUGGCCGGUUCGGAUUCAUCCUUCGGCGUUAUGAACAACGGAAAUCUCAUCAUUUAUACGCGUCUAAAAACAGAAAAAGAGAUGGAUCGGCUGAAAAAUGAUGUUGCGAAACUGGUGGUAUCACGCAAUAAAAUUGCACGCUCCGAUUCAAACAAAACGUACGAACGCAUGAAUAGCUAUUGCGUAGCGUUUUCGAACAUUUCAGAUUUAGCCCGAUCACCUCUCUGCGAGUAUUCAUAAUCAAUGUUUAUGCGACCGGAGAGAAGUGCACUGUGAGGACGCAUCCUUUGAAAGAGCAACCCGGAACGGAAUUCCUCAAAUUCUGGGUCAUCUCCCGGAAGGCGGUAGAUAUGCUCGACGCCAUUCAUUCGCUUCUGCUGAAUGCAUUCGACCUCGCCUCCACGACCGUCACAAAGAUACCGAUGAAAGAGGACAAUCGGGACUGCACGAAGUACGACGUCGAACUGUUCCAUUCGGCAACAGUUCACAGCAUUCUCCGGAAGACCAAACUGGCUCAGGUGAGAAAUUACACUUCUGCAAACAGAAUAAUAUUAAAUCUUGCAGAGAGACGAACAAAAGGCAUACGCAGAUUCGGGGUUGACUUACGACACGAUGAUGCUGACAUGGAUGACUGCUCCGAAGACGAAAUGGUCACUUGUGGGUACUUCCCUUUCAUUCGCCCUAAUUGAUGUCGCUUUAUCAGUUCCCCAACUACCGAUCGUCGGUCCCAUUCACAACAGUGCAAGCGUACUCUCGCCCUUCGGCCUGUUUGACCCAAUUCGUUCGCGACGGAAGAUGUGUCAUGCUUGAUCUCGAGGUAGAUUGGCCCCUUUAAGUGCAGCUCCUAUGACAUCUUUUCAGAAAACGUUGACUCCCGAAGUUAAUGUUCCUGAUAAACUCGUUUCGCACGUUCUUAUGUCGAACAGAGGAAGAAUAUUUAUCCAGGAAAUAGAUUUUACGAACAGCAGUGAGCACUUUCCAAAAUACCAAUUUCCAUUCUCGCCCGAGAUUAUUCAGAAAGACGAUUCGUUGGAAAACUGCUAAGACCGGAACGGUUACGUCGUCCGAGAGAACCGCUGAAUAUGGGUCAGUUCAAACACAUGCUGAAACAGGUCGAGUUGAGGUUCGUGGCCAAAGCCCGGUUGGAAGAGAAAACGGAGAGCAGGAGGCGCACAGACAUCGAGCAGCGGUUGCUUCAAAUCUCUAAAAAUGUUCCGAAGUUUGCGAAAGACACGUUCAUUUUCCAUGAAAUUGUGCGAAACGAACUCGAACCCCUGAUUACCACAAUCACUCAAUUCACUCUCUCUUCAUAUGACCAGGAAAAGUGCAGAGAGACAGUGAUGAAACUGCUGCAAAUGCGAACUCAGCGAGAACUGAUCAUUCCCGCGACUGCGAACAUCGGACUUUGUUCGGUUAUGGAUCUGGCGGACGCUUCAGAGCAAAUGCGGGUGGCUCUUGUGGAACUGGCAAGGCACAUUAUGAAGUAUACAAAGUAUUCGGAUGCGCACGCGAAUGUUUACAAAACAUUCAUGGCGACAUUGAACGUGGAUAAGCUGAUGAGCGUGGAUUUGGAGGAUGAAGAUGUGGUUGACAAGUGAGUUGCUCUGAAGGUACGAGUAUUAUCAGUGAGAGUGCUUCAGGCAAUUUAUCACAUUCCCAUUUUUCGGACAAGACGAUUCGACAGACGGACUGUCUCCACUGGAGAUAUUCAUGAGGAAACGGAAGAUAGACGCUGAUGAAGACAUAGGCGGAGCCAAGAAAUCAAUAAAAAAGGAGAAGGAGAAGCCAGUUAUACAGGGAAAAAGUGAGCCAAGAAUGAAAGGACAUAAAGGAUCAGUUCCUUUUCAGAGGUAAACAUCAAUAUCUUCGCGAAGAUGUGCGCGGUGAUUGGACAGAAAGAGAACGACAUACGGCGGGAGUUUGUGGGAAGAGAAAAGUUCGGAAACAAGGCGAUGCUCUACGCGAAUCUGCUCGACCGGAACGACAGACCUUCCAGCCCAGCCGACAGAAUCAGAAACAAAGAUCGAGGAGGAUCGGGUACACCACCACCGGGUCGCAGACCAUACGGGAAAAUCUAA